GGUGGCGAGAUGGGCGCGCCGUCGUUGCCCCCGGCCUGGCAGCUCUACCUCAAGGACCACCGCAUCUCUACGUUCAAGAACUGGCCCUUCUUGGAGGGCUGUGCCUGCACCCCCGAGCGGAUGGCCGAGGCCGGCUUCAUCCACUGCCCGACGGAGAACGAGCCCGACCUGGCGCAGUGUUUCUUCUGCUUCAAGGAGCUGGAGGGCUGGGAGCCCGAUGACGACCCCGUAGAAGAACAUAAAAAGCAUUCAUCCGCUUGUGCUUUCCUUUCUGUCAAGAAGCAGUUUGAAGAGUUAACUCUCAGUGAAUUUUUGAAACUGGACAAAGAGCGAGCCAAGAACAAAAUUGCAAAGGAGACCAACAAUAAGCAGAAAGAGUUUGAAGAAACUGCCAAGAAGGUGCGUUCCGCCAUCGAGCAGCUGGCCGCCCUGGAGUGA